CAUUUCUCGUGCGGUUGUCUACUCGGAAAGUAUCCUCGGGGUAUUGUCGAAAAAAAAAGAAAAAAACCAUUUAGGCCAUUCCGACAUUUAUCCCGAACAUGGCGAAACUUUUGGCACUUCUGGUGAUCGCAUUGGUCUGCGUAAUUGUCAACGUUCAGAGUCAAGAGACUAACACAAAACCGGUAUUUGGACAAGCAUUCGACGAAAUUGUUGUAUCAUCGGACCUGAAUGUCAGAAGAAAAUCAAAGGAAAACCGUCAGGGCAAAAAACUACUGUCGAACGUGCCGUCAGGAACCACAGGUCCCCCUGGUAAACCUACAGAAAUUGCAUCGAGGCUUGUAUCCAGCGAUGGAAGUCGAAUAGAACUGGAGAAAAGGGAGCGCCGAGAUAUUACAAAGAAGAGGUGGCAAGAUCUUGGUUCCGCUGGAUAUCUGCUGAAAUAUCGUAAACGUUGAUUCCUACAAUAAAACAAAAUUCAACUGAGCACGUUUUGCGAGGACAACCGCACGACACUCACCACCUCAUCUGUGAUCACACGUUUCGGCCCCGCUUUUGGACUUCGGCUGUUACAAAAAGGAUAAUAAAAAUUUUCAGUCACACAAAA